CUGUAUGUCUCUGUGACGAAGAAACGUUUGGUUGAUAAUCUUUCAUUAAUCAGUGAGGAUUUUAUAAAUUUCUCGUGUAGAAUACUAGAAUAAAUGUCAGGAUUUGAUGGUUUGCUUAUUUUCUACUGGUUUGAUGUUGUAUUACGAUAGAAGAGUCUUAUGUAGUAUGCUACUAAGCAAGGCUCAGUAACUGGACAAGUGAGAAACCAAAUCCCUGUGUUGUACUGAAAUGCGAGUGUAGGUUGACCGCUCCCUCCAUGAUAACUUCAUAAACGUAUGGGCAGUGUUGGUUAUAAUGUCGAAUGAGAUCCGAUCAAAUUCUGCUCUUUUUAAGAGGGCUGAACAAUUGAAACGGUGGGAAGAAUCUGAAACUAAUCGUGUAGCUGCAGUGCCUAACAGUAAGAGUCGAAAAAUUCAGUUUUCUGCAGGAUGUGUGUUUCUGGCAGCGUGUGCAGCAGGCGACAAGGAAGAAGUAUUACGGCUGAUCGCAAUGGGAGCUGACAUUGACACGGCAAACGUUGAUGGAUUGACAGCCCUUCAUCAGGCAUGCAUUGAUGAUAAUCUUGAAAUGGUGGAGUUCUUAGUAGAAAAUGGGGCAGAUGUUAACAGGGGUGAUAACGAAGGGUGGACACCCUUGCAUGCUACCGCUUCAUGUGGCUUCAUCAGCAUUGCAAAGUACCUGAUUGAACAUGGUGCCAAUGUUGCAGCUGUUAACAAUGAUGCUGAACUGCCCCUUGAUAUUGCUGAAUCAGAUGAGAUGGAAGACAUGCUUCAGCAGAAUAUUAAUGCACAAGGGAUUGAUUGUGAUGAAGCUCGUAAUGAAGAGGAAAGAAUGAUGUUGGAAGAUGCAAAGGAAUGGUUAAACAGUGGGGAUAUUGAAGACAUGCCACAUCCCAAGACUGGAGCCACAGCACUCCACGUAGCUGCUGCUAAAGGCUAUAUCAAAGUAAUGAGUGUUCUCUUACAAGGCGGUGCAAAUGUAAAUUCACAAGAUUUUGAUGGUUGGACACCACUGCAUGCUGCAGCACACUGGGGGCAAAAGGAAGCUUGCGAAAUGCUCGUGGAAGAGUUCUGUGAUAUGGACAUGAAGAACUAUGUGGGUCAGACAGCGUAUGAUGUUGCAGACACAGAUAUGUUCAGACUGUUAGAGGAGUUGAAGAAAAAACAAGCAACUGCCCAAAAAGAUCAUGGAGACAUUAACGCAAUACUCCAAAAGAAGGGGGCCAGCACACCAAAGAGACGGUCAUCAAUAAUCAGAAUGUCUGUGACUGACAAGUCAAACCUAAUCAAUAAGGAUACUUCAUCUGAGCGCCAGCUUCUUGAUCGAAGUAUAACAGAAGAGAGUAGCAACAAAGUGAAGAAAGUAGAACUGGAAAUUGAAACUGAGUCAGAGAAAGAAGAUGCCAGUAUACCAUCUCCAGAAAAUGAAGUUGAAAAUCAAGAAACUGCAAGUGACUCGAGCGAAUCCACAGAUGAUUCUGAAACCUCUAGUGAUAGUGAUACUGUUAGUAGUGGUAAUGAGGAGGAGAAGAAGAACAGGGCAAAUAGGGAUGAACCUUCCAGAAUACCCAUUGUCCCAGAUGCCAGCAAAACAGUUCCUAAUGCAACUCCUAACUCACCACCAAAAACACAAAGUGAGAAUGAUGACACAACCCUUCCAGCUUGGAAGCAUGGUGGUUCAUUCAGAAGUCGAGGCACUGAUGGACGACUAGAACAGCCUCCAAAUAAAUCAUUGUACUUGCGAAUUGGUGAGAAAGAUAAUUCAUCCCAUAAAGCCACAACACCAGUAGGAGCAGACAGCCGAAAUAUUGUGGACACUCCGGAAGUUGUGUUGAGGAGGACACAGAGUUUCGAAGCCGAUGAGAAGUUCUAUCGCAGAUACAUGGAGUUGCAAGCAAGAAUAAAAGCUGGCUCUUGCCCUACCUUACACUCGUCCCCCGUCUCAGCCCUUCCAACCCGCUCCGCAUCUCUCCGAGAGAAACACCUGCCAAGGCGUGGAUCCAAGGAUGAGGUGAAAUUUUCAUCUCACUGUUCACAAGAGGUGCCGACCACAACAGCAACAACAACAAUAACUACAGUGACAGCUACAACUGCUGGCACUGUCACAACUACAGUAACAAGUUCACCAGCAAAAACAACUGCCACUUCACCUACUGCCACCAGUCCAGUGCCAACAAGUCUGAUCAGAAGUCCUGCCAUGGGCAGUGUUUCAAGUGCUAGUCCUUCAACACCAAGCACACCAACAACCCCAGGGGGGAGUAAGCUUAGCCCAGGAAACAUCUUUAAGAAUUUCUUCAAGUCAUUUGUGCCACCAGUACGAGAUGAAGAAUCAGAAACACAGAGGAAAGCUCAUGCAAAACGGGUAAGAGAGACACGAAGGUCUACUCAGGGAGUCACUUUGGAAGAAAUCAAAGUUGCUGAGCAACUGGUUAAAAAGAAGAACCAGCAACAGUUGCACCAAGCAACACAACAACUGAGCAACAAUGAGCAGCCACCUGUUGUCAUCUCUACUGCUAGUUCAACAUCAAUUACAGCAACAAUAACUACGGCAACCCCAACUGUGCCUUCUAGUGGCAUUGCAACAAAGGAGGAAGGGUCAGUUCAAGAACGGCGUCCGUCAUGGAGACUUAGGGUUGAUAAUGGAGACAGGAGCAAGUUUAUGUUGGAGGAUGCACGGAAUCGAAAUUCUGUCAGUGAGAGUACUGCGCCAUAUGUAAGGAGACUGACAGGAAGUAGUAACACCACAGUCCGUCCAUCAUCUGCACCAGUUGAAAGUAAUACUGCAGAUGCUACACUUACAAUACCCCUCCGGCGACAGACUAAGCCACCAGAUGACAAAGAACAAGAUAAGGAGAAUGAUGUCCGAAAUGCACAAGCAACACAAGCUGUGAUACAGAGGCGGAGGAGACCCAAGAGAAGGUCAACUGGUGUUGUGCACAUUGAUAUGGAUGAUAUCAACCCAGAUAGACAAGAAUCACCUGUUAGAGAUGGAGAUGAGUUAAUGAAGGCAAAUAAUGAUGAGAGUGGUGGUGAUCUAUCUAGCCAUUCCUUACGCCUCAGCCGUGUUUCAUCUCUUGCUGGAGAUGACAUUCAAGUGAAUUUAGCCAAAGAUGGCAGUGAAAAUGGUGAAGUGGAUUAUAAGAAGCUGUAUGAGGAGUCUAUGGCUGAGAAUGAACGACUGAGAGAGAAGCUAAAGAAGACUGAAGAAGAUUUGAAUGAAAGAAAAUGUCAGCUAGAUAAAUUAUCUGUUGCUACUGCAAAAAAUUCCUUAACUGAACUGGAAAAACGUGAAAGGAGGGGAAUGGAGCGAAAAUUAUCUGAGAUGGAAGAGGAAUUAAAGCAAUUACAAAAACUCAAAGGUGAAAACGAAAGGUUGAAAGCGGAAAACCGGGCUUUGACCCGGGUGGUGUCGAAACUGACCAAUUCCGCCAAUGCCACAAAAUAGUUGCUGGAGCAAUUCAAAAGUGAAAACCAGAGAUUAAAGGAUGAAAAUGGUGCUUUGAUCCGGGUCAUAAGCAAACUGUCAAAAUGAUGAUGCAGAAGAGCUCCAUUAGCCAAAUAUGUGUUUGUAUAUAGUAAUAUAAUUUAUUAUUAAUAUUUAAAUGUAAGGCAAAGGUUUGUCCUCCAUCUGUUGCAACAGUAUUGGUAUAAAGUCAUAUUCACAAAACUGGUAUGUCAUUUCUUCAUAAAAGAUUCCAGAUGAUUUCUUAUUUAUAUGACUCACAGUGCAGCACAAGUUGUUGCAGUAAUAUAAAAUGUCACAUGACAGCAAGAUCAUGUAACUUGUAUCUAGUUUGUAUAAAUAGUUUUAUGUAACUUCAUAAUAGCUGAGAAUGUAUUUAAGUAGCCAAAAUCAGUGCCAGAAAUUUUUGUUUUACACUGGCAUUAAAGUAACACAGAAGAUUGUUUGGCAGUAUUUUAAGUGGGUUAGGUGGAAAGAAAUUUAAGAUACUUUUUCUCUUUUUUGCUGUUCUAUAUUUUGUAGUUUUAGUGGACAAGAUUGUAUGCCUUUAUGGAGUAAUUUUUACUGUGUGGUUGUCUUAUGGAGCAGAACAAUUUUAAAGUUAAAUCCCUUUCUUUGAGAUUCAUAUGAUGUGUAAUUGACAUGAACUUGCAUUCAUACAUAUUAUUGGAUACAUUUUAUACUGUUGGAAAUUUUGACAUUUGUAAAGGUUUCUCAUAACUCUGAUCCUUAUUUAAUGCAUGAUUUUGAUUAUGUGUAGUAAUUUUGUUUCUGAGGAGAAUGACAGUUUAAAAUUUCUUUUCUAGUCCCUUAUCCUUAGAAAUGAUAUGCAUUAUAAAUAAAAAUUUUAAGCAUAUAUUUAAUGUCAUGUUUUGGUAACAUGCAUGAAGACAAAUAGGAGGUUAAAAUGUACAAUAAAUAAACUACAAUUGCUAGCAGUGUUUAUUAACUAAUUUAGAAUAUAUAACAAAUUAGUACCAUAAUGAAGGUGUUUAGAAUAUCAAAGCGCAAUUCUACUUGCUGCUUACUAUUCCAAUAUGGUAGAUUAAUGUCAGAAUAGCAGUGACCGUACCAGCAGUCUAUAUCUGCUGCUCAGUAGUGUAGAAUAUUAUAACAAUAAAAUAUGGUGCUAUGCCUUUUGUUUUAAAGUACAGGUUCAACACCAAGGCUCUGAGAAGAUUUCUUGGUAGAUAAGUUGAAUGUCUCUCUAUUUGUGUGUUGUGUUCUCAUCCUGCACCUGGUUGUUGAAAUAAGUAAAAAUGUACAUAUAUUUAUGAGAGUAGAAUAGGUUGAAGGAGUGUGAUUCCUAUAUUACCUGUCAUGUUGAGUGUAUUUGCCAAGUGUCAAAUUUUAUAAAGUGUAUUAAGUCCUCUAGGUAUAAAAUUUUGUUUUUGCAAGAAUAAGUGCCUUUUGCUUUUACUAUGUAUUUAAGAAAGAUUGUUGUGAAAAUUUUAUAGAUCAUCACCUGAAAUUAAAAAUAAAAAUUUACUAAGUUAA